GUUCUCUCCGGUUGGAGUUAAGCACAAUGAUUUUGUUUUUAUAUCUUGGAAGUUUUCUUUCGGUUUCCGGGUUACUUUUAAACAAUCUUGGAGACGAAUGUGUAACAAGAAAUGAAUUUAUGACAGUGAUCGCUAGUUUGAAUUCAUCGAUCAUCAAAGAGAAACAAAGGUCUAAUGUAGCCUUCGUAGCCGAGUUAUCACACAGAAUUACCGAUCCUCCGAACGGGUUCCACAUCAUCUUCGAUAAAAUAAAGUUGGACAUUGGUGGAAACUACAAGGCCACACACGGCAUUUUUCUUGCUCCUUAUCCAGGAAUUUACCAUUUUGCUGUUGAAAUAACAUCGCCGCCGCAAUCCUCUCAACAUACUUUGCACGUAAGGAUAAUGAAGAAGAAUCAACCGGUCGCCUUGACGUUCUCCGACGGUAAUACUGAACAAUGGCUGCGACGGACCGGCUCCAUCAUUCUUCAGCUUGACACCGGUGAUGAUGUUUGGUGUCGGACAGAAUCCGUCAGUGGGACAAACACAAUAGCAGGAGCUGAUAUUGGGGACACUUACUCUAUAUUUUCUGGAUUUAUUGUGCACCCUUUGUGAAAGCAUUAAAACU